CCUGCUGGACUACAUAUGGCCUUUGAACUGAAGAAGCAGGGAUUUCAGCACAUUGUGAUAUUUGAAAGUCGAAAUGAGGUUGGCGGGAAAACCGCCUCCAGAUUUUAUCGGAAUGUUUGGCACAAUCUUGGGGCUGUUGGACUGACAGAAAGCUAUGAUAAAACUGUGGAAUUACUAGAAAAGUUUAAUACCGGGUUUGAAAUACGACCCGAAAUCCCAAGCUACACAUGGCUUAAUAGAAAAGAAUUCACAUCCAGCCUAGAAGCUGCACAAGUUUCAAUACCGAGAUUGAUUCAGGCGUCAGAGCGUUACAGUGCUCUUUAUAGGUGUUUCUUUGGAACGUUUAAAGGAGAAAUAAUGCCAAGGCCAUCUCCAGAAGUUUUAUAUAGGAUUCGUGGGACGGUGGAUGACUUCCUUUUGAGAUAUAACCUUACAGAUCUACAGCCACUUUUCUUUAUUGCAUUAACCUUAAAUGGAUAUGGUUUUCUGAAUGAGACAUCGGCGUUUUACGGCCUCACGUUUUUACCUCCAGUUGUGAUUAAUUCCUUCUUCAAACCUGAAAGGGGAGCCUAUCGCCUGAUUGGGGGCUGGCAGAACUUAUGUCGUAACAUUGCUGAACGAAUUGAUGUUGAAAUUCGGUUAAAUGUCGACAUUAAGCAUAUUCGAAGAGGAAAGGCUGUUCAAAUAUUUUACAGGAAUAAAAAUUCUCUUGAUGUAUUAAUGGAUAAAUUUGACUUUCUUAUUCUCACCCCAUCGAUGAAUUCAUUAUUUGGCAUUAUGGAUUUUAAUCAGCAGGAGUUGAGAAUUUUCAAACAUCUGCGACAUUUAUAUAUUCUGAAAACAAUUGUUAACUCCAUUUCUCCUGGUAGAAGGGCCCUUUCUCCACUUGAAAUUUUUCCGUAUGAUUUUCAAAAUGUGGAAUAUUCAGUUUAUCGAAUGAUAAACCCACAUCAAGCUGUAAAUAAUGUGACCGGACGUGACUAUCAGCUAGGAAGCAGAGAAAACACCGAUAAAGAUGGCAGCGUUUACGAAACAAGCGUCUAUCUCCAAUUAGGAAAGGCGAGUCCCUGGAACAAGUAUGUAGACGCUCAUAUUCAAAGAAAACUUUUUCAACACCUUAGAGAUUUCAACAAAGCCAAUCCUCAAGUUGUGCAACAGGUGAAAUGGGGAUAUUAUUUUCCAAAUUUUCCAUCGGAAGCUAUAACCGGUGGUGCAGUGUGGGAUGUAUUGGACAUGCAAGGAAUGUAUAUCACGUGGUAUAUUGGGGCCUCUGUUUCGUUUGAUGCUAUAGAAAGUGUUCUUGAAUAUAACCAUUUGUUGUUAAAACUUUUCUUCAAUAAGCAACCUGAAUUUUAA